UUCACUACGAGCCUGUCUCGUUGGAAUCUAAUUGCGACUCGUACUCUCUCUAGUUUUUUCCGUCUUUCGUCUAACGAUUAAUAUGUACUACUCCCAUAAAGACGACCAGAUUGCACUGGGAUUUUGUGCAUGCACAGCCUGCAGAGCAGGCACGCUAUCAUGGAUGCUCCAUUUUCUAUGAAGGUGCGAGAUCCAAGAAGGAUCUUGGCCGGAAAAUUUUAACCACGAACAGAAGGCUUGCCAGCCGGAGCAGGAUUCGCGACGUUGAAUGAUAUGACAAUAAUGUUAGCGAUGUACAUGAGCAUGCGUGGUUAAAUACGGACUGGCCUGGUCACGACGCAAGGCGGUGUGACUCAAGGAUGCCUCGGCGGUCGGCCAGUAACAGAGGUUAGACGCUGCGGAGUCCCCUGAGAAGAAAUCCUGGCGAAAGGAGAGGAUUUAUUUCAGAUGGACAUAUGUUAAGGUCGAAGUCUGAGUGGUGAACAGAGCUCGAAGCUUCGACAAUACUCUUUCACGAAUGAGCUACUAUGUAUCGCCUGACUUCUACGGAGUGAAUCAUCAACGUGAGGAGCGAGGAACGUGCGCGACGGCUUAACAAAGUUCCGUGGAUACAAACGGACGUUGGCAGAUGUUGCACGGGGUAUGAUGCACGACGUCAAAGUUCCUCACCAUCAUAGGAAACUUGAAAUCAUCGAGCGAUGAGACUUUGUUAGAAUUCAUUUGGUGGUGUACGAUGUCGGUAGGGAGAGUUGCCAGAAGCACAUUUUGCUGGAUCGACUGAGUAGCACGAGGUAUUCUGGAAUUUGUAGUGUCUGAAGUUCACUCAACCACCCUGACUUUCGCAAUCACAUAUGAAUGACUUUUUAAAGGAGGGUGGGAUGUGUGUGCACUCGAGUGAGAUCGUAGUGGCACUUUUUAUGCUUCAUUUUACAUCAGCUGGCGAGAAGUGAAGUACCUCUUCGGAAAAAAGAUCAGUAGUGGAUGGUCACCAUGGUUCUACUUCCGAAGAAAUCUAUCCCUGAGCUGAUUCAUGUUCCAGACAACAGGCUCUUGCUGACCACUUUGGAACCCUAUAACACAACUUCGCUGAUAGAAUUGGCUGGGAAAGAAGUGCAUCUGGCACAAAUACGGAGGAGAAAGAUAGUCCAGAGAGAUUCUCGUUGCGAGGCGUCUCAAAGCAAUAUGAUUGGUGCUAGUAUUCUUGGAAGCUGGACCUGCAUAGCAUGGAGCAUAGCGAGCUGGACGUUGUUGGUGUGCUUACUACUCCCCAGGACUCGCAAGGGUCAGUAUAGCGACGAAAAUGCUUAUAUCUUAACAAAUUAUGAAGAUGGCUCUUGUCUUUCCCACGAACAUCGCGACCUGCUGUCAUCCCUGCAUCUGGACGGUUCUCUCACAUUCUCGAAUUUGUCGUCAGCUGCAACCGACUUUGGGCUUGUCCGCUUCUCGCUUCCUGGAGCUGUUAUAUACCCAAAAUCGGUUCGGGACGUUCAAGUUGCCGUCCGCGCUGUGCGAAGCUCAAGGGGUUUUGACCUCACACUUGCUGCGAAAGGCCGUGGUCACUCCGUACACGGACAAGCUCAGGCGCUAAAUGGAGUAGUCAUGGAGAUGUCCUCAUUGAAGGGCAUCAGGGUUGUCCCGCAUGGAGAGCCAGGUUAUCUGCAACCAUUUGUGGAUGCUGCUGGUGGAGAAUUGUGGAUUGAUGUCUUGAAAGCUACGCUAAGGGAAGGAUUGGCGCCCCGAUCGUGGACCGACUAUCUGUACCUGAGCAUCGGUGGCACUCUGUCAAACGCUGGAGUUGGUGGUCAAACGUUUCUAUUCGGACCUGAAAUUAGCAACGUCUUGCAGCUCGAUGUUGUCACAGGGACGGGUCAGUCGGUGAAGUGCUCACCUACGCAGAACGCAGACUUGUUUCACGGUGUUCUUGGCGGAUUGGGUCAAUUUGGAAUAAUAACAAGCGCGCGUAUCAUUCUUGAGCCUGCUCACGAGAAGGUUAGGUGGAUACGAGUGAUGUACACCGACUUUGCGGCUUUCACUAGAGAUCAAGAAAUGCUAGUCUCUCAGCCUCCAGAAUCAGCUUUUGACUACAUCGAAGGCUUUGUGGUGUUGAAAACUGAGGAUUCUAUAAAUGGAUGGAAUUCGGUACCUUUUGAUUCAAAGAAAAUUGACCCCAGCGUGAUUCCUGAAGAAGGUGGAUCUGUUCUGUACUACAUUGAGCUUGUCAAGAAUUUCAGCUCAAAUGACACGGACACAGUGAACGAGACAGUGGAGAGAAUGUUGGCUCCGUUGAGCUUCAUCCCUGCCCUCGUUUUCACCAUCGAUGUAUCUUACGAGAAGUUCCUCAACAGGCUCCAUGAUGUCGAGGUCAAUUUAGAUUCACAUGGACUCUGGGAUAUACCCCAUCCAUGGCUCAAUUUGUUCGUGCCACGCUCGUCCAUCGCGUCAUUCGACGCCCUGAUUUUCAAGCAUUUGAUUAAGAGCGACUUCAAUGGGCCAAUCCUCAUAUAUCCGCUCAAGAGAGACAAGUGGGACUCACAAUCGUCGGCGGUGAUACCAGAUGAAAGCGUCUUUUACCUUGUUGGCUUUCUUCGCAUUUCUCUCCCGUCAUCAGGGCCUCCUCUUAGCAGUUUGAUCGCUGAGAACGACAAGAUUAUGGAAGUUUGUCACAAUGCAAGUUUAGGGUGCAAGAUGUACCUUCCUGAGUACGAAGACACGGAAAGUUGGAAGUUUCAUUUCGGCAACCGAUGGGAGACAUUUUCUCGAAGGAAACACAAAUACGAUCCAGAAUUUAUUCUUGCCCCCGGUCAGAAUAUUUUCCCAAGAAUACGAGCUCACGAUCACCCUGACAACAAGUUGGCUACGACUGUUGUUUAAACUUUCAGAAAGCCUAGUGAGGAAUUUGUUCCAUGGACUUGUGGCCACCUGCCUGCAGAGUGCCAAACGCAGAUUCAGCAAGGGUAACCUUUUGCUAUUUUGAUUGGGGCUUCAGAUGAGAAGGCAAGAACCAACACCAUACUGAGGUUGAAGUUGGCACAAGAUUUUUGAAGCCAAACAGGCCGCAAAGGUUCAAGAAAAUGUAAAACUUUAGCGGCCCCGCGAGCGAGCUCCUGAAUGAAGACCAAAUGGGAGAGAAGCGAGUGGCUUCCACAGUAUUACCAUGAGUGAAGAGAAGUCAGGUUUUAGGGUUCCUCUUCUCUCUUUUUUCUAUUGUUGCACCAUUCUCAUCACAAAGAACAAUACGGAACCUGUAAAUUAAAUGCUGCAGAAAAACCCUUAGAUAGAAAACUAGUCAAGCAAAAGGAGAGGGUGGGCCAGAUCGCUUGGAGUGAUUAAGCUGUUUGGUUCUGCAGAUUGUAGUGAGCCAUGCACAUUAAAACAGCGCUCCAGAAUUUUCUCCGAUGACGAUGUUCGGCAUUCGCACCCCCCACUUUACUGCGUUUAGUGGCUUUCAUAUGUUCUCGUUCAACACUUUUAGAGAGACUUGAUACAAUCAGAUCAAAUCUGCCCUACCCGGAUUGUGCAGAGUAUUACAAAAUAAUCUUGAAUGUCUCAAGCAUUGAAUGCCCUCA